AAAAGCAAAAGGAAAGCUCCUUUCCUCUGUCUACGGCCGAGUCUUCGAGGACUCAAAAGCCUCAUCUACAAGAGGAGCGUGAACGAGAGGAUAAAAUGAAGAUGUCUACCAACAGUUCCGCAUUUACGAUAAUUUUGGGUUCAUCGUCGAUGGCUCGCCGACAAAUUUUAACGGAGAUGGGAUAUGAGUUCACCAUAAUGAGUGCAGACAUAGAUGAGAAAGUUAUUAGGAGGGAAAAGCCAGCAGAUUUGGUAAUGGCUCUAGCUGAAGCGAAGGCAGAUGCCAUUGUAUCCAGGCUCAAAAGUACCGCUCAGUUUGAGGCGGAGGCUCUUGCAACACUAUUGAUAACUGCAGAUACAGUGGUGGUGUAUGAAGGGAUAAUCAGAGAAAAACCAUCCAGCAAGGAAGAAGCACGGGAGUUUAUCAAAGGAUAUUCUGGCGGUCAAGCAGAGGUGGUAGGAUCUGUUCUUGUAACCAAUCUUAAGACUGGAAAAAGAAAAGGUGGAUGGGACAGAGCCGAGGUUUAUUUUUAUAACAUACCAGAUGAGGUCAUUGAUAGCCUGAUCAACGAGGGAAUUACGCUCAAUGUUGCUGGAGGUUUGAUGCUGGAACAUCCAAUGACAUUGCCUUUUGUGGAAGCAGUGGUCAGCAGAGCUUCCUGUGGGGACAACUGAUACCGUUAUGGGACUUCCUAAAGCCCUCACAGAAAAAUGCAUACUCGAAGCCCUAUAGUUGUAGUGGCCAUAGAUUCUCUGUCAAAACCCCUCGUGGGAUGGAGCUGAAUCUGUAAUGUUUUCAACCAGCAUGUCUUACAUUUUCAACCAGAUUGUUUGGUCAUCAAUUUUUAAACUUGAACGCACAGUAUGUCUUCUGUUUCCUGUUCACAAGGCUCUGGGCUAAGCCGAACUUCAGAAAA